GAAAUGCAAGUUUUUUGUAUUUUCAAUAUAAUUCUAUAUAUUAUACAUACAAAUUAUUGCUCUUGAAAACCUACAAAACUGAAGUUACACACGUAUGUGCCACACAUCGUUUUUUUUUUUUCUCGUAAAAUAUCCAUCAUCAAUAUGUCAUAGAUUAUUUCCAUUCGUUGGGGUUACACAAUUCAACCCUACGAAAUGUUGCGCCAACCAAAAAAGGAGUAGGAAUCCCCUCCUCGAAAAAAUGACUGUCCAGAAAGAAUCCCUUUAAUCUCUCACAACUUCUCACGAUCAACAAAAUAAUCUGAACAUAAUAAGUUUGAAUUAAUAGGUUCUGCUCUUAAGCAUGACGGAUAACGAUGACAAGAGUAUCAAUGAGAAAAAUAUAAAGAUUUUCAUCAGAAUGUUUCCACUCGAAAGACCGUGUGAUUCUUGCGCAAGAGUUGACAUGAAACACAAGAAGAUCUACGUACGACGUCUACAAGAAAUACAAUCGAAUAGAAUAGCCGUUCCAAAGAAACCAUCGUACUGGUGCUUUCGAACAGAUGGAAUUUUUUGUGACUCUUCACAGGAAGAGAUUUAUCGCGUUACAACCGACGAUCUCGUGUCAAAAAUUUUAGAUGGUGUGAGCUGCGUUUUAAUGAGUUACGGACAAACAGGUUCUGGAAAGAGUUUUACCAUCAGUGGCCUUAGAAAUAACUGGGAACACAGAGGCCUGGUCGCCCGACUUUUGUCCUGCAUGUUUGCUGAGAAGGCAAACAGAAGAAAAGUCAGCAAGAUAGAGUACCAUACAAGCUUCGUCGAGUUGUACGGGAAGGAAGCGAGGGAUUUACUGGCCUCUGACGUGGAUAACAAUAAAGUCAAGAUAAACGAGCGAGAACCGUUCAAGGACAUCUCCGUGGUAUGCAUGAAUAGUGAAAAAGAAGGUUUGAGGAAUCUUUUUAAAGGAGAAGUUAGAAGAUCGAUUGCGAGAAACUCGGCUUAUCCGGCGUCUCAUUUAGCCACGUCUGUGAUUACCUUUCACGUGACUAACACGAGCCUAGUUACAUCCUGGGGCACUGUAACCACAGCGAAAAUACACAUUGUGGAAGCAGCUGGUAUAGGGACCGUAGGAAGGAAUUGUUGUUGUUGGAAAACGGCCACGGACAUAGGUGUGGCGAAUUUAAUGAAGAUACAGCUUGAGCAAUUCUUUUCAUACGUAGGACGUUCGAGGUCAUCCGUCGUUAAUGUAAUACGCUCCAGUAAUUUAUUGAAAAUUUUAGGAGACACUACCUUGGUUUCUUCUGUAAUCCGAUUCAUAUCUCACAUUCGAAUUACAAGAGAAGAUCUCGAUAUCACGUUGUCGACUUUAAGGUUCACCGCAAAGAUUGCAAGGUUGAAACCGGUCAGGAUAAAAAAAGAUGUUAGAUAUCGAUCAGAUUUGAUACUGCACAGGCUGCAGGAAGAAGUUAACGCUUUGAAAAAAGAACUGACGUUGAACGACAUGUUUCUGCGGCAAGAAGCGCUCAUGAAUAUCUCGAAGGCCCGAAUGGAGCAAAUUAAUCGGAAUAUCCUUCAAUUUUUGAACGACAAGAUCUCCGACUUUACGCUGUUCAGCGUGUCCCAGGCCCAAGUAUUACUAAAGAUUAUCAAGGAUCUAUAUAACAGAUUAAGCGCCAAGGAAGUUGAAGUCGAAAAGUUGAAAGAGACGUAUGAAACUUUAGUGAGAAGUGUGUCGGAAGUAGGUGCAGCGGAAACACUACCUAAGGAAACUGAAUUGCUUGCUGAUGAACAAAUCAAUGAACGGAAACAAAUUAGGAGUUGGUCGGAUGAAGAAGACGCAAAAAAGAAAGGAAUUGGCAGUUUAGACAAAUCUGCGAUAGGCGUGACCUUAGGCCCAUACGCAGAUGAAGAGAAAGCUCUGAAAUUGAAACAUUUGUCGCCUAAACAUAUUCUGAAAAUUGACGACGAAAAUAUGCUAGUGAUUCGACGUUUGUUCGACGCUUUCUUAAAAGAAGAGACAGAAUAUGCGAAAAUUAAGAGAAAGUUCGACAAAAAUGAAGUGACCCUUGCCGCUGUUCGACAAAGAUUCGCACACGAGAUCGAUAAAUAUUUCCAGGCAAAGAGAAAUUUAGACAACGCACGUGAUAAACUUAGUAAGCAUCAGCAAACUCGACAGAUAAUGGAUGUGGAUGUGGACAGUUGGAAGGAAAAAGAAGCUACAUUUGAAAUCGAGAGAACGAUCGAGCGAGAUAUUUCAUGUUGCCAAAAAUUAUUAAUUAAUCUAGAGGAAGAGGUGGAUCAAACUCAACGUGAAAUUGACAUCCUGUCUGAUGGACACCUUGAUAUGAGUUCGAAGUUAGCGUACGGUUUUCGAGAGUAUUGCAAGAGGAAGGCCAUUUUAUUGCAUCAUGCCGAUAGAUUGAUGAAAAUAUUGCUGAUGAAAGAAUCUUCCGAUAUAAUCCGGGACAAGUUUGACAAGUUUCAACGAAAAAUGUUGCGCAAAACAGAGGAAACAGGUAGAACAAAGAAAGCACGACUUGACAAUAAACGAGUAUGCGCUAGUGCUAAUUUAUAACUGACGAAAAUAUCAUCUUUCUAGUAAUAAGUACUAAUAUUUACUAUUACUAAUAAUACUAAUAUUUACUAAAUUAAUAAACGCAUCUUUGAGUAACUAAAAAUUGUAUUUUGAAUUUAAAAGACAAAUGGCAACUUACCGCGAAAGUAAGAGAAGCCAUCUAUUGAUAUUUUAACAAACUACGAAUGUUGCACCGUGUAAGUAUACCGACGGGAACAAAAUUAUUCUCGCCGCUCAAGUCAUUACAUUAGCUGGAAUAAUCAUUAGAUUUUCGUCAAUAUUCAGAAAGGUAUAAAAGCUAAUUUUUUAAUUAAUACUUUUUAUGACGCGUUACGUAUUUGAUUUGAUAGGAACUAUUUCUAAAUCAACUUAACUCCUUUUGUUUUGUUGUGCACGCUUUUGAUUUGAUUUAUGAUUUUUGGUUUUAUUUCUGAUAUGUAUAUUAUAUCAAUAAGUUAGAGCACAGUCUAAUGCUCAAUUUAAUGCUUUAUUAAUCGUUCACGUAUUUUCUGUUCAAUUCUAUUCUAUUCGAACUGAAUCAGCCAAUUAUUUCUAUAUAUUAUCGUAUACUAUAAUUGUUACAAUCUUUUUUAAAAUUAUAAGUGUGAUUGCAUUAAUCCUAUCUUUUUGUAAGACAGAAAAAUUACUACGCUAAGGGCAUUCACUUACAAAUGAUAGAAAAUAGACUCAAGUAAUUUCAGUAAUACGAGUUCGAUUUUUAUAUUUGAGGACCGUUGGCGAAACUGUCUUACGCGGCUGUUAAUGUCACAUUACAGAACUGUAAACAGAAAUUCAGUUAAUUGUCCCGCAGCCAACGGGGAUACGUAUGUACAUGGAUUCUCCAUUCCGUAGAAAUAUUUCGAGAAAAUCGGAGAUUUAUAAUAUCAAAUACCGUUGUGUCGCUUGUUCUGUGGACGCUGUGAAUUUACUUUUAAUUUAUGCAAAAUGGCUUUACGUACAGUGGAAUCUGUGUUUUGUUCAGUUUUGUAAAACUUUUGAUUCUAGGAUAAAAAUUGUCUAACUCUAAGAGAUAUUGACGAGAAUUGUCGUAUGGAUUUUUUUAGAAUGAGACACAGAAAG